CUACUGGGCGGCCCAUGAGCCUGUCGAUAUGGUGGUUUGAUGUUGGAUGGAAAAUAAGAACCCCCCCACAACAAACAGAGGGCUGGAACAGAGAGACUGGAACAGAGAAAGAGAGGGUAGAAAGGGAAGAACCAUCGACAGAUGGACUCUGUUGUGAUUAAAGAUGGCGGCUGUCUUUACUGCAGACUAUGAAGGACUAUACUCGAUGCCUAGAAAAGCGGUGGGAGUAGUCUGCGAUUCAGCACAACAAAACCAAGAAGCACACAGUAAGAAGCAAAUGGAUGGCAAUGGCAAACCAUUAUGGCGACAUUCUGCUUCAGCCAGGACUUUCCAUUUCACGGGGGUGAGAAGGGCUUUACCUUUGCAGAAGAAAUGUGUGCUGAGUAACAAUACAAUGGAAUCUUCAAUAAAAGGAUGCACUACUGGAGGAUGCGUGAGGAAGUCAAUCAAACUCAAGGAGUUCUUUUGCAGUGGCAUAAGUAGAACUCUGGAUCGAAUAGUUGUGCAGUGUGGGCUCUACGGGGACGUGGUAUAUGGAUGCUGGGACUAUGAGCAUAAGCGACAAACGGGGCUACUUAGCAGACCUAGGAGGCAGCUUCACUGAGGAUGCUCCCAGACCUCCUGUCCCCGGUGAAGAAGGAGAGCUCAUAUGCAGUGAUGGUCGCCAGCACAGCAACCUCAGCUUCUCCUCGAAGAAUGAGAGCCUCAAAUGUGAGCCGUCUGUGGCUACACCCAGGCGAUCUGACUUGGACCUGGGUUACGAGCCGGAGGGCAGCGCUUCGCCAACACCACCCUACUUAAAGUGGGCGGAAUCUCUUCAUUCUCUCCUGGAUGACCAGGAUGGCAUCCUGCUGUUUAGGACGUUCCUCAAGCAAGAGGAAUGUGCAGAUAUGUUGGACUUCUGGUUUGCCUGCAGUGGUUUUCGGAAACUUGAAGCCAGUGAGGUUACUGAGGAGAAGAAGGUGAAACUGGCAAAGCUGAUAUAUAAAAAAUACAUCCUGGACAACAAUGGGAUUGUCUCUAGACAGAUCAAACCAGCUACAAAGUCCUUCAUCAGAGACUGUGUGAUGAAGCUUCACAUUGAUCCUGCCAUGUUUGAUCAGGCUCAGACUGAAAUACAGACUAUGAUGGAGGAAAAUACCUAUCCAUUAUUCCUUAAAUCUGACCUAUAUUUGGAAUACACACGGACAGGGGGUGAAAGCCCAAAGUUGUACAGUGACCAGAGCUCGGUUUCUGGCAAUGGAAAGGGGCUAUCGAGCUAUUUACCACCUUUAAAGGAGUAUGAGGAAUGGAGAUGCGACCAAGGACCAGAGGAGCUGCCUGAGUGCGACCCCACGCCAAGCAGCCGUCUGACUCAGAAGCUGCUGAUGGAGACGGCACAGCAACGAGUUGCCAACAGCACAAGAUUCCAGGACAGUCACGAGUACAGGCAUGCACCAUGUCGGGAGACAAUCAACCCGUACUACGUCAACACUGGCCAUGUUAUGGCUCCUGCCACCAGCGCCAAUGACAGUGAGCAACAGAGCAUGUCCAGUGACGCAGACACCAUUUCCCUUACAGACAGCAGUGUAGACGGGGUUCCACCCUACAGAUACCGCAAGCAGCAUCGCCGCGAGAUGCAUGAAAGUGCCAGAGCAAAUGGGCUAGUGCCACUACCUCAUAUUCCACGCCCAAACCGGAUUCCAAAGGAUAUACACGUGGAGCCAGAAAGGUUUGCUGCAGAGCUGAUCAGGAGACUGGAGGGCGUACUGAAAGAGAGGGAGGCUCAGGAGAAACUAGAGGAACGACUGAAGAGAGUACAGUUGGAAGAGGAGGCUGACGAAGUCAUGAUGGCCACAGCAACAUCAUUAUCCAGUCACAGGUUCCCCCCUGGUGCUUAUUCACAGAAUUACAACCCUCGCUAUGCUGACAACACCUACAGCGCUCCUUUUGUCGGAGAUGCUCAUGAAGAAAACCCAGAGAGCAUCUUGGACGACCACGUGCAGCGAGUCAUGAAGACCCCGGGCUGCCAGUCGCCGGGAACCGGCCGUCAUUCUCCGAAGUCGCGCUCACCAGACGGUUUCCCAGGGAUAAAAGGGAUUGGGAUGCCAGGCCAGGGUAAACAUGCAUCCAGGCACGGUUUCAAGGGAGAAACUAGCCACUUGUACCACCACAAACACCAUGGCCACCACACAAGCGUGGGCAAGCCCAAAGAGCAGGUGGAGGCUGAUUUAGUCACGCAUGUGCAUGGGAGCUUUCCCUGGAGCACCGAGUCAAGUCAUUACGGAUCAAAGUCUCGCAGCUAUGCAGACGGCAUGGGAUCCAACCCCAUGGACUAUGCAGGGUACAUCGGCAGAGGUGGCACACAGUGUAAAAGAGCAUCAAAGAGAGGUGAGGAAUUGCGGCCUUAUGACAUGCCGGGGCCUGGAGAGGAGAUGGAGAAAAACCAGAAGAUCCUUUUGUGGCUGAUGGAAGGACAGAAAGAAAUGGUUCAGCAUAAGAGAAGCCCAUAUGGGAGCACCACUGGGUCCAAAAGGACUGUUGGACAUGAGGGAUCCCGCCUCGGCUCAACGGGGUCGAUGCAUCCGUGCAUCAGUGGUCAGCUGCGGAACAGUGUGCAGCCGUCUCACCCUUUCAUCCAGGAUCCCACCAUGCCGCCCAACCCAGCUCCCAGCCCCCUCAUUCAGCUGGAGGAGGUUUGCCGGCGACUCGAGGAGGAGAAGAUGAAGUCCGGAACAUUGCAGCCUAAGCAAAGGUAUGUGCUGGAGGUGAUCCAGAGGGAUCGCACAGCAGUCAGGCCCGUACAGUUCCCUCAGCUCAGCGAGCUCUCCGAGCCCGAACACAAAGCUACUAAAAAGCAGCCGUGUGAAAACAUUACUGUGGCGUACUACUUCUGUGAGGAGCUGAUACCUUACAGGACUUCUGUCAAAGGGAGGGUUGUCACGCUGGGCCAGUUCAAAGAACUGCUAACAAAGAAAGGAAAUUACAGGUAUUAUUUCAAGAAGGUAAGUGAUGAGUUUGACUGUGGGGUGGUGUUUGAAGAGGUACGUGAAGAUGACGCUAUCCUGCCCAUCUUUGAGGAGAAGAUCAUUGGCAAAGUAGAAAAAGUUGACUAAAUUUUAAAAAGGAGAGAGCCGAGUAGCCAGUGUAUGAUGGACUGAGGAGCAAGUGGAUGGUGAAGAGGAAGUGCUUUACAAAGGAGAAUGGAUAAGGAGGCAAGAAAAAAGGUGGAUCCAGCAUCAGAAGAUUAUAGUAGUGGUCAUUGACUUCUGUAUCACGGCUGCAGUGAAGUUGGACUUGAAGAAGAAAAAUCUCAUUUUCUUUUUGGAGUGUAAUGUAGCAUUGUAAAGUUUACUAGAAAACAAGAACAAAAAGUGCUACUAAUGCUACGUAUUUUUGAUAAUGACUUAUCAAAGGGUUUCCUUUCUAAAAUAACUGCACUUGUAAUUUUUAUAUGUAUUGAUACCAGAUGUGUACAGUUUGUGUUAAAAUACAGCAAAAAAUUUCUAUCUAUUUAAGUAUUUAAAUUGCUACUUUUAAGCCUAAUUAAAGCUGAAGCGUUGCCCCUCGUGAAGACGAUCCGAUUCCUCGAUAGGGCUGAUUCUUGUUUGCUUUUUUUCAUUAAUUGUAAGAGCCCUCUGGACGCUAAUGUUUGUGACUUUAAAGUGCUUUUAAUACUUCACUUCUCAGAACUUUAUUUAGAGGCAUCAAAUCAGACUGCUUGUUCGUUAUAUUAUAUACUACUGACUCGGUGUAGACCUUCUUAAGAACCCAUUCUUGCAACCCAGUGUAGGAAUUUUAUUAAUGUAUUUAAAAAUAUAUUUAAAAAGUCCAAUACAGAACAGAUUAUAAUGUCUGUCUUAUGGCUCAGUCACACAUGAGUAAAAGUAGGAUGGCAACCUUCUUGCAACAGUUUGAUUGCACUGAAUUUGUUUGCUGUUGGACUGCAAGUAGUUAUGGUCACAAGCCACCAGUGGUUUAAUGUGUAACACCCUCAACCUGUGGGUGACCACUUUAGAUCUCCUCUGCCAUUUGAACAGGGCCAAGCAGUAACGAUUUGAGUUGGACUGACUGCAGUCACUCUUAGAUUAGCAAAGGCUGACAAAUAUCUGCCAUUUGAUUUAUAAAUGCAGACUGCAAACAUAUUCCAGUCGUUCUGAGUCAGUCUUGCUGCCUUGCAUCAUUUUGCAUUAGGGGACUUGAUAGGUUGUCAAGCACCCAUGCUAUUUUGCAGUUAAAUUACUGUCCUACAGAAACUAUGUCACUAUUUUUGCAGGAAUCUGUGUUUCAUAUCUGUGAGGUUCUGGCUUGACUCUGAAUGUAAGUAGUUAAUGUGAAUUUCUGUGUAUGUUGUUGGAAACAGAUUUUCUCUUUUUGGCGAUUUAUUGCAUGCCAACUUGACCCCAACGAAAGUUGCUUUAAAAAUGGCAACUUACUACAUCUGGUUGAAGCAACCGUUACAAAGGCAACAAGACCACAAGUUUAUUGCAUGUGGCUUCAAUUAAUUUUUUUUGUCAGUCUCUCAGCCACUGUUUUCCCUGGUAUAGGUGACUGUAACAGAGAACAACCAUAUCCUCCAUACAUUUGCUGUAUAUGGCAUGUAAGUGUGGCUUAUUGCUAUGUUCUUUAAGAUUUGUCCAUUACAUUGCUUUUAUCCUAAAUUAAACUUAACAGGUGAAAAUGGAUGCAAUAAUAGUGACGAAAAAGUUGUGAUUAAAAAUCCCAAGGUGAAUACCUAUGCAACUUGGUUUAUAAUUUUGGUUACUUAACAACAACAAAAAAAACAUUAGGCGUUGUGUUUUUUAAGUCAAAAUAAGCACAUUAAAUAGAAAAAAAUAUAUAAUUAAAGACUUCACAUAUCUGUCAGGCUAUAAAAAGUCAGUAUCAAUAAAUUAAAUAAAGCCAACAUUUGAAACGGCACGAGAUUUUGCAGAUUUUUUGUUCUAAUUAUUUAUUGACUUGUGUAAAACUGAUAUUACCAGUUAAAAUUCUAACUUUUGCUUGUUUGAGGUAAACAAGUUUUAAUUUUUUUUUAAUUUUUAAUUUUUAAUUACAGAAUCUAUUUGAACAUCGUGAUGCCAAAAAGCAUCUCAAUAUCAAUUUCAAGUUUAUUUUUUGUCUUUUCAACUUUGAGGUCCGUAGUUGGCUGGUAAAUUAAUAAGGGACUGCACUAAGAGCUCAUGUCUACUCGAUCGCCUUUUCUAGCUUAUAACAGUCACAUAUUGUGCCUGACAGGAUGUGUUUAUUGACGUUUAGUAAAUUUGCAACGGACACAUUAAACCAAAGAGGAGGAAAAGGAGGCAAAUGCUCAUAAAUGUUGAAGCCUCGUUUCCAAAAUAGCUGUAAGUGAAAGCCUACAGAAUUGAUUUGAUUUCAGCAACUUGCUUCAAAAAAGAUUGGGCAGUUUCAUAAUAUACAAACAUGUAAAAUGUAUUAUCCAAGUAACAGAGUUUAAACCAUUUAGGCUUUAAUAUAUUUGAAUAAUACAGUUUAACUACAGUGGUGUUUUUCCACCUGUUUGUAUUUUCUGACUUUUUGAUUAUGGCACCAGGUUUAUACUGAAAUAUCUCACACAAAAAAAGUCAGCUAGAGUGUCUAAGGUGACAUUAAGAUUCAAGGCCUCCAUGUUUUAUUUUUUCUUAUUUUCUGUUCUUCCCCAUUGUGCUGAAGCAGUGUGCUGUAAUGAGUGUGUAUUCCUUUGUAAUGGAAAGACCCGUGGGCCUUGAAUUCAAAGUGCUGUAUUGUAUGCGUUGUUGCGUAGAACCUUGUGUAAAGAAUGCCUGCUUUUUUUUUCUUGACAUGCUGCUUUUUUUAGAUUUCUAAUUUAAGUCAGUUUAAUAUAUGAAGUGCGUUAGCCUUCUGUUGUCGUUUGCCUGGUAAAUUGUGCAUUUAACAAAUUGAAAUUCCCAUUUAUUAUUUCUUUUAAAAUAUCAACUCUAUCAUCAGUCUUACUGUAAUAGUCCCAGAAGUGAACUUCUCUUAUUUAAGAUCAGUAUGUGGAUAACAAACAGCAGAGUGCCUUUAUUGCUAUGCUAAUGAUGUCUUUAGUGUAACUUUCAGAGGGAUAUGGGGACGAGCUUUAAUUUUGCAUUGCCAUGAGUUUAGUUCAGUAUUUGUAACAGUUCCACCUUUUAAUGUAAAUAUGUAAAACUUAAAUUGCCCCUGACCAGCAGCCCAACUGUCUCAUUCAGUACCUUGGAGCGGUUUCUGUUCAGUGACUGGCAUGGGAACCAUUUGAGGUACCAAUAAAUACUUGCAAUAAAAAAGCACU